UCGGCCUUCCGGCUUUCAGAGAAUUCCUUCCCCGGCUAAGGCGUCCCAGCAGGGCAGCUUCCCCACCACCUCUUCCCCCCAUUCCUUAGUCACCCAUCCCACCGCGGAGCCCCGGCCCUCCUGGGCUUGCAGCCAGCUCCUCAUACACACAGCAGAUGCAGGACUGGAGAAGGCACUUGGGCCAGGGAUGGGAUUUAACGGACCCCUUGGGGACCUUGAUUCCCAGGGAAGAAUGGCAGUGACCCACCACGGAUUGGGGGCCCAAUCAGGCAGCCCAGAAACAGGGAGUUUGUACAAACCGAUGUAAAGACCCAAUACCAGCAUGUGUGAACCUAUCUACAAAGCUGGGACAGGAUAUGAGGUGCGAAGAAUCCGGUUUCAUCCAAGUGGUGUGUCACAAAAAGAUGCCAUCUCAAUAUUGGUUUAUGUUUAUUUUCCACUGACCCUGUGGGUGAAGAUAUCCUUGUCUAAUAACUCCAUCUGAAUGUUUUCCAGCUCAUCCGAUAUGUCACCAGGUUAACAGAUAUGGAGGUUUCUAUGAGGAUUUGGAGAAGAGUCCCAAUGAUUGCUAAAAUUCUGGACUAGAUUUGUUAGGAAAGAUAAAUGGACUAUAAGGCAAUUGCCCAACAAACUGCUCAAGAAGUUUUAGGUUACAAUCAAGAUACAUCAGGCUGGAAAGUGGUUAAAAUUUCAAAAAAGAUAACUGUUUCCAGCAAGGCUUCUAGAAAAUUCCUCGGAAAUCUAUAUCGUGUUGAAGGGAUAAUUCCAGAAUCAACAUUUAAACUAUCUGAUUUCCUCUACCAACCUGGAAACAGGGUUACAUGGGAUAAAGCAUUGAAAGUUUACAAUAUGGUACACAGGAUUGAUUCGGACACAUUUAUAUGUCAUACCAUAACACAAAGUUUUGCCAUGGGCUCAAUUUCCCCCCGAGACUUUAUCGACUUGGUAUACAUCAAGCGCUGCGAAGGGAACAUGGACAUUAUCAGUUCUAAAAGUGUGGAUUUCCCAGAAUAUCCUCCAUCUUCAAAUUAUGUCCGUGGUUAUAACCAUCCUUGUGGCUAUGUGUGUUCACCUCUGAAAGAAAACCCAGCAUAUUCCAGACUAGUAAUGUUUGUGCAAACCGAAAUGAGAGGAAAAUUGUCCCCAUCAAUAAUUGAAAAAACCAUGCCUUCUAACUUAGUGAGCUUCGUCCUCAAUGCAAAAGAUGGAAUAAAGACACACAGAGCUCCAUCAGGACGUGGACGUCAUAAUGGCCAUCCAUCAUUCCAAAAGAAGAAAUAAGAUCUUUCUGCUAUUAAAUCAGAGAUUUAAGACCAUACAAACUGCUAGCUCAGAUAUUUGUCUUCCUGCCAACUUUAUGUGAGAGGAUGCACAGAAACCUGGGGGAGAUGCCUGGAGCUGGGAAAUAUAAAGACAGAACUAAAGGAAAUCUCUACUCUCCUCACAGCUCUCAAUGUUCUUCUCUCUUCCCUAAAACUGAGUUCUGAGUAUUAUUUUUCCUUUUCUAAUAAUUUUUCAGAAGACAUAAUUAAAGUUCUAAUGUUGAUUUAGAAUAUGCCUUAUUUUGUUGAAAUCCCAUUUUUAUUUUCUUCCAAUUUAGACUAUACUCUUAGAAGAAAGUGAGCCUUUUAGCUACUAACUCCACAAACACACAAAUCACUGAACUACACAUUGUAAUAGAAUAUAUAGUCAACCCUUGCUGUCCUCUGUUUUAGUUUCAGGAUACCCUCCCUCUAAUCCAUAGAUGUACUCAAGUUCCUUAUAUGAAAUGGCAUAGUAUUUGCAUGUAACCUAUACUGUACUUUAAAUCAUCUCUAGUUUGUGAUAACUGAUAUAAUACAAAUACUAUGUAAAUAGUUGUUAUACUGCAU